UCGGCACACGCGCAGAGCUGUUCGCCGGCAGAACGCGGAGGGAGCUGAGGGAGGGAGCCAGCUAGCGAGCGGGAAGCGUUACACUAAUUCAGGCGGCGACGAGUGGGAGAUUCAUCACCCCCAACAUAAUAACUGCCUGCCUUCUGGAGGGCUCCCCAACCUUCUGAAGUGAAUUUGGAAUCUGCAGACGGAAGGAAGAAUUUGAUCUUACAAUAGUGUCUGUUCUCGUGUCCAAAGGACAAUUAUAAUCUUGUAGAAGCUUAUCUCUGUUUCCAUAUCCGUUCAUCUUGAUACGUGGACAUUGAACAGUAUUUCCUGUGACCACUUCAGCUAAGGAAAGUGGAGACUUCUGUCCCAUCAAUACCAACCACAACAAUGAGAAGUCAUUUAAGAUACUGCAGAAGGUGUUAAUGCAAGUUAUGCUAAUAAAUGAAACAGAUGUUUGAGGUCUACAUCAUAUAUAGCAAAAUGGCUUGGACUUUGUGGAUCCUUAUGUGAUAACACUUAUCAAGCUUUCAUUCUUCAAACAUGGAUACAAUGAAGUUAAAGCAUGAUAUUAAUCCAUUCCUCUUUCACAUUAUAAACUUUGUGAUCUGGCUGUACACAGUCAUUACGUUUAUUCCAUGGUAUUUAUUUUCUGGAUCAAGACAUGCCAUCACCAAGUCAAAGAAACUCAAAGCUAAACCUGUGAAAAAUAAGCCAGGAAAUGCAUAUAGAUCAGUAAACAGUUUGCAUUGUUUAGCAUCUGUAUUAUAUCCUGGAUGUGAUACACUUGACAAAGCUUUCAGGUAUGCUAGGAGUAAAUUUAAAGACAAAGAACUUCUGGGAACACGGGAAAUCUUAAAGGAAGAAGAUGAAAUUCAGCCAUCUGGAAAAGUUUUUAAGAAGGUAAUCCUUGGAAAAUACAACUGGCUCUCAUAUGAUGAUGUUUACAACAAAGCUAGACAAUUUGGUGAUGGAUUAAUUGUGUUGGGCCAGCUACCAAAGACAAAUAUUGCCAUCUUCUGUGAAACUAGAGCGGAAUGGAUGAUUGUUGCCCAGGCUUGCUUCAUGAACAACUUUCAGCUUGUUACACUGUAUGCUACCCUAGGAGGCCCUGCAAUAGUGCAUGGACUAAAUGAAACUGAAGUGACAACUAUUGUUACUAGCAAAGAACUGAUGCAGACAAAAUUGAAGAGUAUUGCUUCUCAGGUUCCACUACUCCGGCAUAUUAUUACUGUGGAUGGUAAACCAGCAACAUGGUCAGAAUUCCCAAAGGGUGUAAUUGUUCACACUAUGACAUCCGUUCAAGCAAUGGGAGAGAAAGUUGGAAAUAUAUCUAUCAACAAACAGAAGUUGAAAGCAUUACCAUCAGACAUUGCUGUAAUUAUGUAUACCAGUGGUUCUACAGGAGUUCCAAAAGGUGUUAUGAUCUCACAUUGCAACCUUAUUUCUGGUAUAACCGGGAUGGCUGAAAGGAUACCUAAUUUGGGAGAUAAGGAUGUUUACAUCGGCUACUUACCUCUUGCCCAUGUUCUGGAAUUAAGUGCCGAACUUGUUUGUUUGUCCCAUGGAUGCCGCAUUGGUUACUCAUCACCACAGACUCUAAGUGAUCAGUCCUCUAAAAUAAAGAAAGGAAGCAAAGGUGAUGUUUCUGUACUAAAGCCAACUUUAAUGGCAGCUGUGCCGGAAAUCAUGGAUCGAAUCUACAAAAAUGUCAUGAAUCGGGUUAAUGAAAUGUCCAGUUUCCAAAGGAAUCUGUUUAUAUUAGCUUACAAUUACAAGAUGGAUCAGAUUUCAAAAGGCUACUCUACUCCAUUGUGUGACAGUCUUGUUUUCCGAAAAGUCCGGAUGCUGCUAGGUGGGAAGAUUCGGGUUUUGCUGUGUGGAGGAGCUCCACUUUCUGCAGCUACUCAGAGAUUUAUGAACAUCUGUUUUUGUUGCCCUGUGGGACAGGGCUAUGGCUUAACAGAAUCCUCUGGGGCUGGAACAAUAACAGAAGUUUGGGAUUAUACAACAGGCAGAGUGGGAGCACCCUUAGUUUGCUGUGAGAUCAAACUAGUGAACUGGAAAGAAGGUGGAUACUUUAACACAGAUAAACCAUAUCCUAGAGGUGAGAUUGUUAUUGGAGGCCAAAAUAUAACGAUGGGCUACUACAAAAAUGAUGAACGAACACAAAACGAUUUCAUGAUAGAUGAGAAUGGACAGAGAUGGCUUUUCACUGGAGACAUUGGAGAAUUCCACUCAGAUGGAUGUCUAAAAAUUAUUGAUCGCAAAAAAGAUCUUGUGAAGCUUCAAGCAGGAGAAUAUGUUUCUCUUGGUAAAGUUGAAGCAGCUUUGAAGAAUCUUCCAUUGGUGGAUAAUAUCUGUGUAUAUGCAAGCAGUUUCCAGUCUUACGUCAUUGGAUUUAUUGUGCCAAAUCAUAAAGAACUUAAAGAGUUAGCACGAAAGAAAGGAUUCAAAGGAAGCAUAGAAGAGAUAUGUAACAGUGCAGAAAUGGAGAAAGAAGUCCAAAAGCUUUUGGCUGAGGCUGGUAUCGUAGCUAAUCUUGAGAAAUUUGAAAUCCCACUCAAAAUUCGUUUGAGCCCUGAACCUUGGACCCCAGAGACGGGCUUGGUGACAGAUGCCUUCAAAUUAAAACGUAAAGAGCUGACUACAUACUACCAGGAAGACAUUAAUCGAAUGUAUGGAACAAAAGUAAAAUAAACUCGCAUCUCCCUUCUGUCCUUUCUUCCUUUUUUUUUUUUUUGACACCACUUUGAUACGGUGAGCUCAGAUCAAAUAGGAAAUACUUGAAUCAUAUGUCUCAUCACUUGGGACCAACAUGAAAACAUCUUUACACAUUUUCAGAUUAUGCUGUUAUUUCUGAUAAUAUCAACAUCUUUAACUGGCAGAAUAAGUAAAAAUAUUGAGACAGAAAACUCUUGUGUCUGUCUUCUUUUCCCACUCAGUUUCCUCUGCUGUUUUGACAGUGUGUGGGUUUUCCUAAAUGUCCUUUUGGGCAAACAUGAUUUUAAAGCCUCAAGUUUUUAAACCUGAUUUAUAAAUCCUGUAUAAUAUUCUGUUUGUAACUUUUUGAAGUUUGGCUUCAUAGAGGGAAAACUUGGCUAUAAAAGAAAUGAUUAGUUGGGGGGCUUUUUUUACAUAUGUAUUUAAAUAUUAAAGAAGUAUCAAUGUGAAAUUAUGUACAAUGAAAUGACUUACAGGUGAAAAUCAUUGUUGCCAGAAGACCAGAUUAUUUGUUGCUGUGCAAUUGUUUUGUAUAAAAUUGCAAAAGAAAUAGUCUGACAUUCUGACUUAUAAAAUAACAGCUGGAGUAUGUGCCUGACAAUUUCCUCCUACAUAUAUAUUUUAUUUUUAUCUGAAUAAAGGAAAAAAAUGGGCAUGGAAAGGCACUGUAUAUAUGGGAGCAUACCUGCACGAUAAGCAGUAUUAAGGCUUUAAUCAGGCAAAGUAUGCUCUAACACAGCAAAUGUUAUACUUGUGAAUAAUCUGUCUAACAGAGGUAAUUCACUUUUCAAAAUGUAUUGUGGCCAUUUUUUUAAGGAAACCGAAUUGCUGAAACUAGUGAGAACUCAGUUUUAAAUGAAUUACUUUCUGAUUGGCAGUGUCCGUUUCUAAAAUCGGACUUCUACUUGUGUUGAUUUUGUCUGCUUCACCAUUCAGGUUUCUUCUCUUUAUGUAGGUAUAUAUGUGUGAGCAUGUGAGUGUGAAUGUCAAUCAACAGUUUCAACCCCCUCCAAAGCAAGCUAAAACCCAAACGUUUUAAGAACACAAUUUGUAUGGCCGUUUCCUGCAUAAGCCCCACCAACAUGAGACUAUGCAUUCUUAUGUGCACCUCUUUUGGAGUGGGGCAUGGUCUUGUAUGAGAUAAGUUGAUGGUUGUUUGAGUAUUUGAAGAACAGUAAUUGUACUGAUGACAAUUUGUACACUCUUACUUUCCUCACUGUUGUGAAUGGUGAUAGAAAUGAUUGCUUUUAAUUACCCAGUUGUUGAAAUUUUGUUCAUAAGGAGAGUUAGCAAAACUACACCUCGGAUGAUUUUUUUUAUAAAAUAAGCUUCCAAGUUAACUGCACUUGAGAUCCUGAUCUGAGUCACUUUGUUUGUUUGCUACUUUAUUGUUGUCCCAAACUCUUGAAUUUGAAAAUGAGAACUGUUAUGUAGGCUCUUAGUCAUGUUACUGUGAAGCUUUUGGUUUUAAUUGCUUUGCUCUGGUAAAGAUCUCAGAAAUGUUAGUCUUACUGAACUACAGCCUGUAGAAUUCACCUACUAGCAUGGGUAGAAGACUUGCUGGUUGUUCUGAGAGCUAUGGUCCAAAAAUUACUUUUGCAAAUUCUCCUGGUUCACACAGAUAGACACAUGUGACAGUUGUAAUAGGUGGUCUGGAAAACUGUAGAGAGCAGGGAAAAACCUGCAGGCGAGGGACAUGCUCAGCUUCCUCCUGAUGUUGAAGAGUGUGCAAUCCCAGUUGUUUGAGCAUAUGAGAGCUACAUAAUGAUGAUGUGCUGAAGGUUUUGGGGAAGGAUUAACCUUGUUUGGCCAGGGGAACCUUUGGUUAUCUGUUGCAGUAAGAUAAAAAUAAUUCCUAUAGGCAAUGUGAGGAAAAUAAAACGUAUGUUUCAUAAAGGCUUUCAUCUGAAAGUCUUUGCGAACUUACCUAUAAAAUUACAGAAAUUGUGGAUUUUAAAUAUAUGACUAGGUAAUGGUCACUAGAAAGACUGGAUACCAACUAGAAGUAUUUGAAUCCUAGUAAUUUCCAGUGUCUCCCAAUUGAAAACAUUUGGACUAUAAUAUGUUUAAUUUAUUUCUGUCUCAUGAAAAACACAAAUGCUUAACUAUCGCUUGAUUGUGCAUGCUCUGUACUUGAAAUAAUAGCUUUAAUUUGAGGAAAAACUUGAUGAUUACAUCAUAAGUAGAAAAGGUGUUAUUAAAAUGUGCAUUUAUUGAUGCAUCACAUGGGGAAAUGUGAAAUAGUUUAUUCAUUCAUGGUUGAAAGAAAUUGACUCAUCAGGUGAAGAUACUGUUGUAUUCCCAUAAUGCUAGUCUUUGCAUUGGGUUUCACCUUUUGAGAAUGUUAUUAUUGCACAGUGGAAUUAAUUUGAUUACAUGAACUGUCUAAAUUUUAAGAGGAACAAGAUUCAUCCAAUCAAAUUGAUAAUUAGUUUGUGAAUUUCCCUCUAAACAUUACUUUGAAUAUAAUUAAAACUGGCAUUUUUUUAGAAGUAAGAAUUCAUAUGAAGAACAUUUGUUUCUUGAAUGUCUGGAUUUCAUGUGUAACAAGUUCCUAUAUUGUGUAAAAUUAUUGUACAAUUGGUUCCCCCCCCCCCCCCCCCGGGAAUUGAAUUCAUGACAUGAUACAUAACUAUAACUUCUGAUGUUUGGACUUACUGAUUCAGCCCUUGUCACUGAUGAUGCUGGAGUUUUUCAUCAAAGAAGUAUAUCUUUAAAUAUCCUCACAAUUAGUCUUCUAAGCAGCAUGGAGCAAUAUCCAUUAGAAGAAAUUGUAUUCAACAGAUUUUUUUUGUACACAGUAAAGGAACCAAGUGGCCUCACUUACUGUUACAUGGAUUCCCUCUCUCUCUCUUUUUAAAUUUCCAUGCAUGGCUUUCAUGUUUGUGGGUUCUUUGGUUUUUUAGGUUCAGAUACUAAGUAAAGCAGAGAACCAAAGUGAAAGGACUCUGGGCCAUAAACAGACUUUGAUAACCAAAAUCAAAGUGCAGGACUUUCUUGCAGUGUUCUCUUUGUUUCUGCUGAGAAUGUUGUCUGAUCCCUGUGGCUGUAUGCUAUGUUGGCUUCUCUGUUGGGAACCAGAAAAUAGAAGAAAUCAUAAAUAGGCUCUUUUUCAACAACUAGUCCCAGAACAUCUUCUUUUUCUUUUGUAGUUGCUAAACAUUUAAAGGCUUGUUAUUGAAUGAAGUUCCCAAAAAUUGAAUAAAGUAUACAUUAUAUGGCAGAUGUGUGUAACAGCCUCUUAAAUGUUUUUGAAUGAAAGAUAGCCAUAGGAAGCUUCAAUCAUUACUAAGUGGCAAAGGGAAGAGCUCUAGUUUUUUUUUUUUUACUGCUGCCCUUCUUCCCUUUCUGUAUAGCUAGAAAAAAAUGUUCUUUUGAAAAGCCACAGGGCAUUUUUGCAUUAGAAAAUGGUUGUAGGAGAAAAUAUUCAGCUGUUCUCCAGCCUGCUGUUCCUCUGGUUCUUCUUAAUUUUAGAAAACAUAGCCAUACAUACUUGCUGUCAAUUCACUUAACCUUAAGACUAUCAACUUUUAGUCUUCCAGAUGUUAUGAACUUCAUCUCUCAAAGCUGACAUUUAUGUCAAGGAUUCUGAAAGUUGAAGCUCAAAACAUCUGGUGGACCAAGAGCUAAGAAUCCUCACUCUAGGUCAUUAGCACACGUGGGACCAUUCAUUUGUUUGUCCAUGUUUUGAAAGACUGAUUUUUUUUUCAAUGAAUGAAUUUAUGACCUCUUUGAUAACCCCAGGUUGCCAUGGCAAAGUCCUCCACCAUGGUCCAUCUCCAUUCUGCUGUGAUAUGCGGCCAAUAAUUGCAUUAGUGUAGUGGGGAGAGGGGGCUGUCAUGUAGAUCCUAUUGUCCAGUUGCACACAGCGUAGGCAGGAUGUGUAGCAACACAAAUGCUGUACAGAAGAGCAUGGCCCCUGUGAUGACAUUGAAUACGAGAAGGGGAUUGAUAAUAGUUCUCUUCAGUAACAACGCUUGGUAAUAUAUUUUUAAGGGCACCAAAGUUUGAAGAUAUGUCUCAUUUUUCACACUGUAUAACAGUUCUGGAUUUGAACCUAAAACAUAUUUGACCUCGGCUAUUACAUGCAUUCUGCAGGAAAGAGAAAGAAAUGUGUGUGCGUGUAUGUGUGUUUGUGUGUGUAAAUGGCUUUAAAAGAGAUUGAUUAUGCCCCUUCUGUCCAACUUUUCAUUCCUUUUACCAAGACUUGUGAGGGAGCGCCAUACAAAUGCCAUCAGAAGGCAUACAGCAGCAGUGAUUGUACCUUUUAUAUCAGGAAACAUGUUAAAUACUCUUCCUGCUGCUGUUGCAGUUUACAGAGAAUGCAUAUAUUUACCUCAAGGGGAAGCUGUUUUUUUAGCAGUAAAAUAUUUUGCUGAAAUUAAAAGCAGUGUGCAAUUAUUAUUCAAGAGGAAGCCUAUAAAUGUACUGUGGGUUUCCCCUUUUAAACAAAGAUACAAAAAUACCUGGAGUUGAAAUAUAAAGGUUUUGUCCUGUUAAAGCUUAAGAUCUUAUGUAGCAAAUUCAUCAGAAUAGGAAAUCCAUAGAAAAUAACUGUUUGCUGCAAACUGCACAAGCUUGGGUUUUUUCUUCCUGCUUUAGACUUCCACUUCACCCACUUGAUUUUUAAAAAUAUAUAUUUUUAAUUAUAUGUAAUGUGUGUAUUCUUCUGGGCUUGUAAGAAACUUGUAUGUGUCUGUUGUCUUCUAAACUGGCAAAAGGAGGGAACUUUUUAAAAGGUUAUAAACAUAUUAGACCAUGCUGAAAAAGUAACUGGAUAACCAGUUGUUUGUUAUAGUAAUUGGUUAUUUAAUGUAAAUUCAUUGAUCUUGGUUGUUGUUUUGAACUGCCUGAAAAUGUGUCUAUCAUAACUCAGUUAUAUUGUAUGAAUUAUUUAUUUGUAAUUGGACAUUUACACUUCAAAAAAUAAAAUUAAAAUUGAGUUUCACAAGUUAA